CGGCAGCCCGUCCUCUGGCCGAUGAACGCGGACCCCCCACCGCCGCCGCCGCCGCCCUGGGUCUGCAUGGUUCCCGGCUCGGCCGGGCUGCUCCGGCUCGGCGCCGGGGUCGCGCCCCCGCCCGUGCUGCUGGCCUCGGCUCAGCCCCCCGCGGCGCCGCUGCUCCCGGCGCUGCCCGGCUGGACCGCCCCGGCCGAGCCGCUGCCGCCGCUGCUGCCGCUGCCCCCUGCGCCAGCCCACGCCGCCGCCGCGCACCACUACCCGCUGCUCAGCGGGCAGUGGCUGUUUGGUGGCCAUUCUCCGUCACUGGGACUGUCCCCCUCUUCCACAGUGGAGUUGGUGCCCAUUUUCCCACAUGUCUGCAUUUCUGCUCUUCCACCUCCUGUUGGGAAAAGUUGGAUAGAUAAAAGGAUACCUAAUUGCAAGAUCAUUUUUAAUAAUUCCUUUGCUCUGGACUCAACAUGGAUGCAUCCUGAGGAAUUAAGAUUGUUCCAUGGGCACGAAAAGCCUCAUUUGCUAGCAAACCAAGUAGCUAUGACCCUGUCCAGGCCAGCCCCUGCCUCCAGACCUCUUCCCACAGUGGUGUUAACACCUCAGCCUAUACCAGGUGGUUGCCACAACAGCCGUAAGCCGAUCAGCAGCAGUCCUGCCAUCGCCAUCGCGACUGCCGCUGCCACUGCUGUGGUCUCCGUGGACCCCACGGAGUGGACUCCAUCACCCUCCAGCAUGCAGCCGUGCCACUUCCUGACUUUGGCACCCAUCAAAAUACCCCUCCGGACGGCCCCCUUCUCAGAUAGAAGCAGAGAGCGCCGCCACCGCCGUGUGCCCUGCCCGCCGGCCCUGGUGCUACACUCGGAGAGAAAGAGCCGUGCUGGGGACAGUGGAGAUAAGGAACCUCCAUCAAUACUAGUGAGAGGAGAGGACAGGGCAGCGAAAGGCAGCAGACCCGUGGCCUCCACCCCGGUGCCUGGAUCCCCCUGGUGUGUGGUCUGGACGGGCGAUGACAGGGUUUUCUUCUUCAACCCCACGAUGCAACUGUCUGUCUGGGAGAAGCCUAUGGACCUGAAGAACCGUGGAGACCUCAACAGGAUCAUCGAAGACCCACCCCACAAGCGCAAGCUGGAGGCCUCAGCAACCGACAGCAGCGACGGGUCCAGUUCUGAGGACGGCAGGGAAGACCAGAGCCUGAAAACCAAGAGGAACCGGACCGAAGGCCAUGGGAGUCCGGGGCCGGAAGAGGCGGAGAGAGAGGACAAAGGCACCAGGACACCACCCCCCCAGAUCCUCCUGCCCCUGGAGGAGCGCGUGACCCAUUUCCGAGACAUGCUCCUGGAGCGAGGGGUGUCAGCAUUUUCUACGUGGGAGAAAGAACUACAUAAAAUUGUGUUUGACCCACGCUAUCUGCUUCUAAACUCUGAGGAACGAAAACAGAUAUUUGAGCAGUUCGUCAAGACAAGAAUAAAAGAAGAAUACAAGGAAAAGAAAAGUAAACUGCUGCUAGCCAAAGAAGAAUUCAAAAAGCUUCUAGAGGAAUCUAAAGUGUCACCCAGGACCACGUUUAAGGAGUUUGCUGAGAAAUAUGGCCGGGAUCAGAGGUUUCGACUUGUUCAAAAAAGGAAGGACCAGGAGCAUUUUUUCAACCAAUUCAUACUUAUUCUUAAGAAGCGGGACAAGGAAAACAGACUAAGGCUCCGGAAGAUGAGAUGA